AUGUAUUUCUUUCAUGUUUCAGCUGAAGGAUUGGUUCCUAACUUUGAUGUGCCAAUAUUGAAUGCGACAGCUGUGUCUGGUACCACAGCAGUUUUACCGUGCACCAUCACAGCUUUAAAGGACGACCAUAAGGUAGCGUGGGUAGACCCGAGGAAAAAGUUGUUAACGGUUGCGGAGAAGAGAAUUAUUACAGACCCUCGUAUCAGUGUAGAACGACCGUUUACAAAGGACUGGAAUCUACAUAUCAGAAAUGUACGUCUGAACGACAGUGGCGAGUAUCUAUGUCAGAUCAACACUAAACCAGUAAAAAGCAUGAAAAUAUUACUCACAAUUCAUGAGCCUCCAUCAAUACUCGAACAUUCCGGCGACCAGACGGUCAGAGAAGGUGAUACUGUAGCGCUGUGGUGUAAAGUUGGCGGAGAACCCUACCCAGCUGUCACGUGGUACAGGCAAUAUGUGCACGAGAAAAAUUCAGCUAAAUCUAUUAUCGGAGAGGAAGGUGAAGCAUUAAGAAUCCACAACAUAUCAAGAUAUUGUGAAGAUGUGUAUGAAUGUGUAGCUAAUAAUGACAUAGAACCUACCGCCAGUAAAAGAAUGAAAGUUAGCGUGGAAUUUCCCCCAGAGGUACAAUUAUACAACACCAGAAUGGGACAAGGUCAGGGCAAAGAAACUAUUAUAGAUUGUAAAAUUACUGCAAAUCCUCAAGGUUAUAUUGUGUGGCAAAGACAAGGGAGAGAGAUUACCAACAGCCACAAAUAUGGCAUCACAGUGUACGAGGAGGAUAGGUACACCACGACUCUAAGUUUACGUAUUGCACGAUUAAAUGAAGAUGACUUCGGUAAAUAUAAAUGUCACGCACAGAAUAAAUAUGGAACGGACACUGAAGAUAUGAUGCUAUAUGAGUUCGUAGAACCGCAAAUCACAAGUACGAGUAGUACAACAACUGAAUACUUGGUGAUAGAUGAUACAAAUCCGUGGAAGAAAAGACUUCCGGUUUAUAAUGACCGAUAUUCACCUACACAAGGUUUAGAAAAUCAUAAAUAUAGAGGGAACGCUGGAGCAUCACGUGCUGGUACAGAUAGCACGUGUUCCGGAAGUUACCAUGUUAUACUUACUAUGUGGAGUAUAACUGUCCAUUUAGUUAUUUAUUAUUGUCGGAGAUAACUAAACAUUUAAUAUUGAAAUUAUUGCGUUGACUGACCACUAAUUCAGACAGUAAUCUACCUUUUGAUAUUGUUCUAUAUUUCGACAUUGUUUUAUAUUUGGCCAUGUUCUAUAGUGAAACAAUAUUCUAGAUAUAGACAGUGUUCUGUAUGUAAACGCUGUCUUUUAAAAAAAAGUUCUAUUCUUAGACAUUGUUGUACGUUAAGACAUUGUUCUAAAUUAAUUAAAACAGUGUUCUAUAUUUAGACAUUGUUCUAUUUUUAGACAUUGUUUCAUUUUAAGACAUUGUUCUAUGUUAAGACAUUGUUGUAUGUUAAAACAAUGUUCUAUAUUUAGAUAUUGUUCUAUGUUAAGACAUUGUUCUAUGUUAAAACAGUGUUCUAUAUUUAGAGAUUGUUCUAUAUUUAGACAUUGAUCUGAGUUUAGACAUGGUUCUAAAUCUAGACACUUUUCUAUAUAUAGGCAUUGUAAAAGAAGUUAAAGAUAGAGGUAGAGAUCUUUAUCUGUUUGCACAGACUGACGUUUUCUGCGCCAAAACUUCUAAAACUGCUUAUGUCAACAUAGAAACUAUGGACACGUAACUUUACUUAUGAAAAUAAUGCUCCACGCAAGGACAGCCGGAAACUUGGUUGGCGUGCCAGGACUACUGCAUGUUAAAGUGCAUAAAAACUGAAAGCGUAAUCAUUUAUCUUAUAGAGGAAUAAAUCUUAUCAGUGCACAAGUUGCACUAUAAAAUCCUUAAUAAAAGUUUUAAGUAAACAUAUUUUAUUGAUCUUGUAUUAGCUGUAGAAAUUUUAGUGCAAAUAUAAUGCUACAUCAGAGAGAUUCAACUACUCAUGGUUCAUUUUAUUUUACAAUAAAACGUCAUUCUCAAGAGUUUAGGUCUUGAUGAAUGUGCUAGUACUUAAAAAGUCUUGGUUUUAAUGUUAAAUCUAAUGAAAAAUUACCUUUACUGCGUAAUGUCACAGUUUUAUAACAUAGAAAAUGGGUGCAUUUUAUAUCCUAUUGGAUUUUUUCGAGUUUAUUUUUGUAAAUACAAUGUAGUUCAAUUCCCUCUUCGCGGAUUUGUGUUUAUUUUACUCAAAAGAAUGGGGUGAACAAUGGAGUAAAUGUAAGAGACAAAUACAUGUACAUGUAAUUAAAAUAUGGCAAGCUGUUUUGCCUAUUUAGAUGUUACAUAGUACAUGUAGCUAUGAAAAAGAGAUGCUUUUUAGGCUUAUGUUAUAACUUAAUUAUAUUUACCAGCAUGGUCUGUCCGUCUGACCGUUAUAAUCAAGAUUAAUCUAAAUCUUAUAUGGCUGAUUUUCUUUUCAAACGUAUUUUAAAAGUAUUAGAAGAUGUGCACAAUUAAUUUUCACAUACAAUACGUUUACAUAUUAUAUAUUGUAUGAAAGACAAUGUGAAUAGAUUUAGAUAGAUAGAUUUAUUUCGGCAUAGGAAGCAUAUACAUAGUUGACAACAUAACAUAGGAUAAAAUAAUGAGCAUUAUUAAAUACUAUAUCACAUAUGAGAAAACUAUGACAUGCUCACCAACACCAAGGAUAACACAAAAAAGGGCAAAAAAAAAGCUCUUAUUUCCAUUGUGGUAGAAUGAAGAAGUAUAGAAAAAAUACACACAUACGUAAUGGCUGUGCAGAAUUUUAAUACUGAAUUAUAAAAAAUACUGAAUUAUAAAAAAUAAACUACAAUAUAUAUAUAAAAAUUAUGCUUUGUUCUUCAGACUGGCGAAACAUAAUGUAAACAUUUUAAUCAAGUUCUACUCACACAUUUCUAAAAAGUAAUUGUUUCUAUUAUAAAAUUAUGUACUAUUUGAUAGUAUGAAAACAGAAUAAAACGUUCCUAACAAAAUCAUUUCGUACGAGUACUGUUUAUUUUUUAUGAUUUUUUUUCUUUCAAUUUUGUAACAGAGUAGCUAUAGACUUUUGAAUGAUUUUUGUAAAGAUACCGAGUACUAUUCUACUGUACUACUUUAUAAACCUACUUAUUUAUUCUUUUAUCAUCUUGCAAAUGAAACAUAUAUGCAAAGAAGCCCGGUGUCUGAGGCAAACGUUCAAAUGUUUUUGUAUUUUAAGAGAUAGAUAUUUUGGCACAAUAUAUAAGUUUUUUGAGAAAAAAUGAUAUUGUCAGUUGCCAUGGUUACAUACUGAAACUAUAUAUAGCAAGAUUUAGAGAGAGAGAAAAAACACAAUCUUGUCCGGUCCGUUGUUAUGGUAACAUACUGG